UUCUCCAGGACUCUGACAUGUCGGCAUCGCUUGCGGAGAAGCUUCAGAUCCCGGAGGGCUUGCAGAAGGGGUGGAGCGAGGACCACUGCGAGACGUGCGCCACUCACCUGGACCAGCUGAAGCAGGACGCCAUCGCCAUGGUCCAGUCCCUGGACGAGGCCCAGUCCAACCCCGGCAGUGCACCCCUGGGCAACCUCUCCUCCAUUGUGGGAUCCAGGAACAUCGCCGCCUUACAGCGCGGCGGCCACCUGCCCACGCUCAACCCGUCCUCGCACCACCGCGCCACGGGCAGGCACGCGCAGGGGAAGCAGCAGUACCCGGCCCACAGCAUGCUGCCUGUCAGGACCUCACCCUCUGCCGUGGCAGCACACGCACAGCAGCUCCUGGAGGACAACUGGAGCGUCUCCAAGCUGGGCUUCCAGCAUCCACACCUCACACAGACCCAGGCCAGCGUGGGGAGCAGCCGUAGCAGCGUGUCAGAGAUCGCCACGAGGUCCGUCGCGGCAAGUUCUCGGAUCUACCCGACGCCAUCCUCCGCCGGGUCCGUUGGCGGGACGUCAGCAGCAGCGUCAUUUUUCGCCAGGGCUGCCCAGAAGCUCAACCUGGCCUCUAAGAAGAAGAAGAAGCACGCCCCGGAGCCGCAGCCCGAGCUGCCCAUCUUCCCCACCAACUUCAGCGACCUCCUGAAGGCCAGUCCGCCAUCCGUGCCACCAUGCUUCCUCCGCACCAGCAGCAAGAGGGACAACCUGGGCGUGGGCAAGGUAAAGGUGAUGCUACGCGUGUGUCCGACGGGCGAAGACAUUGCCAACUCCUCCCUCAUGGUCGACCAGCGGAGGAAACAGGUGACCCUGUAUGACCCCUCCCUCAACGGCGUGUCGCACCGGAGGAUGGCUGUGGCGGCGCCCAAGAUGUUCGCUUUCGAUGCCAUAUUCUCAGAGGAUGCCUCUCAGGUUGAAGUGUGUUCAUCAGCACUCUCUGACAUCCUCCAGUCUGUAGUUGGUGGGGCGGACGGCUGUGUUUUCUGCUACGGACACUCAAAACUUGGAAAAACGUACACCAUGGCUGGAAACGAUGACGACAGUCAGAGCCUGGGGAUCAUUCCCAGCUCCAUAGCCUGGCUCUUCAGGCUUAUCAACGAGCAGAAGCAGAAGACGGGAGCUCGCUUCUCGGUGCGUGUGUCGGCAGUGGAGGUGUAUGGCAAGCAGGAGAACUUGAGAGACCUGCUCUCUGAACAGGCAACAGGAAGUACAGGCAGCAAAGAGACAUCCCCGGGUGUUUACCUCUGUGAGGAUCCUGUUUUUGGCAUCCAGCUUCAGAACCAGAGUGAGCUGAGAGCACCCACGGCAGAGAAGGCUGCCUACUAUCUGGAUGCCGCCCUAGCUGCCAGGAGUACUGCCAGGACACCCACGACAGAAGAACCUGAGGAGGAAAACAGGAACUCACAUCUCCUCUUCACCCUGCACAUCUACCAGUACAGGAUCGACAAGUCAGGCAAGGGUGGAGUUGCUGGUGGAAGAAGCCGGUUGCACCUGAUCGAUCUCGGCAGCGGAGAGAAGUCCAGCGGGAAAGCCUCUGGGAGCGUCGCCCUGACUCUCUCAGCACUGGGGAACGUCAUCCUUGCCCUGGUCAAUGGAGCCAAGCAUGUGCCUUACAGGGAGAGCAAGAUCACCCGGCUCCUUAGCGAGUCCUUGGGGAACCUUAACUGCCGCACCACGAUGCUCGCGCACGUCUCUCCCAAGGCGGCCCACUACAGCGAGACCCUCCAGACCGUCCAGCUGGCGUCCAGGAUACAUCGCAUGAGGAAGAAGAAAGCAAAGUACUCAAGCUCAUCUGGUGGAGAGAGCUCGUGUGAGGAGGGUCGCAUCAGGAGACCACACUUCCGCCCGUCUAGGCCACUCAUAUCGGAAACUGUCCGGGAAGACACCACGACAGGCCUUGGUAUCAGUGACAAGGACGACGUCUCCAGCAGCGAGCAGUCCUGCGACACAGUCAUCUACGUGGGCCCCAACGGAGCUGUGCUGAGCGACAGAGAGCUGACAGACAACGAGGGUCCCCCCGAGACUGUACCAAUCGUACGUAGGGACUAUAAGCAGCAGAGAAAAGAAUGUCAGAUCGUUGAGGAGGACUGUGAAACAGAGAGCAAACCGGCACCAUCAUCGUCACCCCUGUUCAGCCCUGACACAGAGAACAGGAGAAACCUGUACAUCGAGGAGGAAAACAAGGAGAACGAACCCAGCCAGCUUGUUUAUGAGAAACCUGCAGAGGAAAGAAUGGAGCAGGAAUCUGCCAGGGAACAGCAGGACAUAGUCCUGGAACCCAUCACGGACAAUGGCAGCGAUUAUGACUUCGUUUGCGAAGAAGCUGACGCUGAGAAAGACUCCAGACCAGAAGAGUCUGCGCCCUCUCCUCAGAACAAUCUUGAGGAAGAAUUGCCUCCCUUGGAUCUCCCCGAGCCUACCUCAUCUCUUCCCGAGCCUCUCAGCGAAGCCACUGAGUUCCUGGACUCCUUGUUGAAGAACGAGGAUCUCUUCACCUCCUCUGAAUCCAUCUCAAACAUCCAGAACAGCGGGGAGCAGACGCUGUCCUCUCUGGAUGAUGGCAGUGAGUACAAAUCCAACUCUGUGCUACUGAAUGGGAACGUGCACCAGUACUACUCCAUUGUGCCAACGUUUGAGGAUGAAAGUGACGAUGAAGGGUUCACUCCGCCUACCAAGCAGCCAACAAAUGAAGAAAAAGCUGCAGAAUCUGAUUCUAACUCCUUGACAGAAACCUUGGCCCAGCUAGAAGCAUUUCUGACUAAAGAGGAUUUAAUGGAGGAGACUAUACAACCCAAAGAUGAGGCAUCAGCUCCAAAGCCUGUACCUUCUCCGAGAAAAACAUCAAACAAACCAAAGCCAGUUCCCCCUCCCAGGACAAUCACCCUACAGAACAGACCUCCUGACCUGUCGUUCCCGAAACCCCCUGACCUUCCCGUACCACCGGAGCCAGAGGUGACAAAGCGCGUUGAAAGUCGUAACAAGCCCUCCCCGCCCGCCAACCCACACGACUUGGUGUUCAAGUCGUCUGACCUGCCCAUGAGGCUGGAAGACGACAGGUGUUCCCUCGACAGCAUCAGCAUCAACAGUCUCCUGGAUGGUACGGAGGAUGUGAAGGAUGAGGGGAGAACCUCGCCAGAUGGUGAGUUGGAACGAUUCCCCUUUGAGGAUGACAUUCCCCUGGAUGCCACAACAGACAUCUUGGGGAGAAAGUUCGAUGGUGCUCCUUCCAGACCUCCAGACCUUAUCAGUGACCUUGGAGAUGCCGACGACCUGCAGAAAUUUGACAAGAAGGACAGACCUGUCAGUGGGGUCAGCGAGGACAGUGUCAGUUCCACUAAGGUGGUGUUGCCCGAAUCCCGCCCGCUGAGCAUGCUCAGUCAGGACUCUAUUGAGCUGUAUGUACCCCCACCCCCUCCCAACGCUCAGGUUUCACUCAGAGCAACCUACACACCACCAACAAACGUCACCGCCUUAACAAAGGAAAAACUGGAAGCUCUCGACGAUGCAAGCUUCUCCCUGGGCGAGAGAAGACCAUCUGAAAGUUCGAGCAAGAGCAACAAGUCAGUGGCAAAUACGAGACAGAACAUGAGACUUGGGAAAAGGACAUCUUCAAGUAGUAGUUUGAGAAGUACCGGAAGCCAUAGCGCUCAGAGUAGGAACCAUGCUACCUCACAGAGUAGUAAGUUGUCAUCAUCACAUCGAACAGAACUCAAGUCAAACAUAAGUGUGCAUUCCAGAAUAACACCCAAGUCUGUGAAUGCUCUGUCACGUUCUCAUGCUGGAAGCACUGGAAGUGUCAAACCGUUGGAGGCUAGCAUCUGUAGAGUACCCUCCUCUUCAUCUCUGUCCAAACAGUCAGUAAGGUCAAACAGAACAAGGGAGCUAGCUCUCACAAGAACUGCUAGUGAUGGCUCAAAUUCAGAUGGUGCGAGAAGCACAGCCAGUGAGAGGUUACCGGGCAGUAGGCCUGUCAUUCGACCCAAGGGAUCAGCAUGUUCACUCCCUGGAUCUCCAACGAAACUCACAAAACUCAGCAGACCCACCCCUGCAGGGUUAGCAAGGGAGGACAGUAGGCCAAUCACACCACCAUCAAAAAUACCUGGGAAACCCAGCCCACCCCCAAAGCCAAGCCAGCUGCCCAAACCGUCAUCCAGCAGCAGCCCUGUGUCGUGGGUUCCAUGCUCUACCUCAUCCUCCAGAUCUGCUGCAAAAUCAGCUCCAAAAGCAGAGCAAAAGCCGCCCAAGCCUCCUCGAAUCAGCAGCCUCGGUGAUGCCAGAUUGCGAUCUGGAAGUGCCUCCUCGAAAGCCAGCAUGUCCUCUGCCAGAGAUGCUGUCUCUGCGAAAAACAGGUUACCCUCACGAUCAGCCAGCACCAGUGGACUGUCUGCAGGAAACGUUUCUGCAAAGCCGGCCAAGGCAGGUUCCAAGUUGCCUGUUCCCAGCAGCGCUCGGUCAGGAAAGCCCCUCCCAUCUUCAUCCAGCAAGUCUUCGCUCCAGUCAUUCCAGCCCUCCAACAGGUCAGCCCAGCAGCCUGCUGGCAAGGCAGGCAGCUCGUCUGGCAAAGCCUCCACCACGAGCGGUAGAACAGGGCAGAAGGCAACACAGGCACUGCAGAGCAGGACGGCCAACCUCCCCUCUCGGAAGGACUCUGCUUCGAAAGUCAACAACACGAGGGUGUCUGAACUGUCCAAGGAAAGCCCGGCCAAAAUUCGGUUGUCCACGGACUCUGACAGUGGUAACGACAGUGGGAUCCAGAUUGGUGACGAGAAGUCGCCGAAGCCCAUGAACCUGGUGUCUCCCUACUCCACAGUAACAGCACCCAGACCCUCCCACCGCUCGAGUAGUGGGCAUGGUAGUGAUGCCAGCUCCAUCCUCAGUGGUGACAUCCCCCCUCCCAUGAAGCCCAGCGUCCUCAACUCUGCCAGCGGUGCCAGCAGCGGCUACGAGAGCAUGAUGCGUGACAGCGAGGCAACAGGAAGUGCUUCGUCCAACCACGACUCGAUGAGUGAAAGCUCCUCUGGCCGUAUCAAAACCUCCAGGAACCUGAAGAAACGAUUGGCACAAGGUUCCAGAAAUCGGCGUAUGGUCCCCCCACGUCCGUCAGACAGCCCUUCCCUGUCCAGGAAAGCGCUGGGCUCGCCCAAGUGGGUGGACGUGCGCCCAGGAGACAGACCUCAGCACGACAUGGUGGAACUGAAGGUGUACGAAGUGGACGACAUUGAGAGACUGGCAAAGAGACGGCUGGAUGGAGGAGAGGGAGGAACACAGUUUAACGCAAAGACCCGAGCGAUGGAGCGACGGAACGCUAAAGUCACCGAGCUCCGCCGGAGACAGCAGGAGUUGAAGGAAGAACUGUCACUGGCCAAGAAGCGACUCAUGAUCGACAGCAAGAAGUGGAAUUUUGAUUGUAAAGUAGAAGAAGAGAUGGACUGGGACGACCCCAACUACCUAGAGGCCUUGGAAGACGAAACUGAGCGGCUGGAAAAACGAGUCAACGUCUGCAAGUCACACAUCAUGAUGGUUACAUGCUUCGACGUCAAGAUCUAGAAGGGAGACGGGUUGUUUGACUCGUCAUGUCGGGGCUCCUGUUUUUAACACCUGUACAAAGAUUUGAGUUUAUUUGUAAGAAAGUUAGUAUGUCCUGAGGAUGAAGUAUUACAGGGACAUAAACUGGGAAGGAAGCACUCGUGCACUUUAACGCAAACAAGCAUGAGUAUAAGUAGAGUCUAAGUGAUAGGAAAUGUACUUUUCUGAUUUUAUCCUGGAAUGAAACUGUGUACAUCGCUCUGGCUGGGGUCUUUCCCUGUCCAACACUCGUGUGUGGAACAUUGUAAGAAACCAAGAUAUGAAACCGCUUGUAAUGUAAAUGUAAGUACCCAUCUUGUAAAAAUUGUAAAUGUGUGACUGCAGUCCUGCAGAAAAAAGGCCUGAACUGCAGCACAGCCAGCAGUGUUUGUGAGUUUGAAGGGAGUCCCCUGUCUCAUUGUUGUUGAACUGCAGGUGCUGUUUGAAAACUGUUCAUGGUGCUGUUUCUUGUUGUUGUUUCUUUCUUUAAUAAGGCCUGACGUUCGUUCGGUAAACAGUAAUCCACUGGGGCAGAAUUUGUGCCUGUAAUUUGUACACAAGUGAUUGUUGUUGCCAAGUGUUAACGGGAGGGCCACAUACCCAGGACGCAUCAUAUAGGAACAUGAAAAAAUGAGGAAAAGUGGAAAUAACAUGUACAUAUAAAUGUAUUAUUUUUGUAGCAGCUAAACAUAUUGUAUGUGCCCUAAAGUAAAAUGUAGCGAUAGCAAGGCUAUGUUAUUGUAUGUGUUUUCUUCUCUUUUUUUUUUUUGGCAACUUUACAACAUUUCUUGCUUGAUGCUAUCAACAUUUAAUUAUGGUUUGUGAGCCAUAUCAACUGAUCGAUGAAUGUCAUUGAUUACUGCAUAGCUCUAGGUGUGUGCAAAUUGAAAAGCACAAUCACAAUGUUGGACAAGAAAUGGCGAGUGAUCGUCAUCAGAAGAAAUAGGUGUGAUUUGUGGAGGAAGGAAGGCCAGUAUUUUGUCCACUAUACUCAGCCAUAGAUGGCUGUGAUGUGCUGUUGUGUACCAUGUGUGUUUACCUUAGCUUACCUAACAUUAUUCUGAUCAUGCCCUGAUGAUUGCACAUCAUCAACUCCAGGCCAAACAAUUACAAACAGAAUCACGAAGCCCAAUUUGGGCUCCUUUUUAACCUAUGCAAGUUUUUCUUGCAGUUUUACAGGUUUUUAUACAGCUUCUCAAAUCUGGUUAAAGUGGAUUUUGACAGGAUGAAUUCCCUGAACUGUUUUUACACAUAAUGUAAAUGUAAAGGAAUUUGAAGUGCUUGCUGUAUCUCAUACCUGUGGAAAUGUAUGGUAUUAAGAUUGUUUAAUGCAUCAGAAUUGAUCCUCAUACACAUGGCUAUGAUAAGGCUAUACAGCAUGUUUUUAACGUGUAUAUCUACCGCUGUUGACAGUGUCUGUAUGGCUUAAGUGUUUGUUUAUCCUUACCUCAGAAUGCUUGUUUUUAAAGCAUUUUAUAACAGCACUGCACAGAUGGGACACUGUACCAUAUGUCAUCUGUAGCAUAGCGACACUUUAUUAGUGUACCCACCUUUUAUAUAUAGACCUAAGUAUUUUUACCCACAAAUUUUUGCCUUUUAAUCUAAUUUUUGUAUUUAAAGAUCUUGAAAUCCCUUUUGUACAAUCAGUCAUGCUAUGACGUUCUUUUGACGUUAAUAUUUAAUGAAAGCUAUGUACUUUGGUUUUGUUGUUUGAAGAGAGCCUUGGACUGUAAACAAGACUAACACAGUCUGUUGGAUGACUUGUAAACCUUUGCAGAUGGAAGUCAUUGAGAUGUCAGAAGGCACUAUAUACAUCAUUAAAAUACAAGUAUACUUCA